AUGUCGACCAUUUUCCCUCGAGCCUCUUUGCAAUCCUUAGGCGUCUUGCGACCCUCAGCAACAGCAUCACGAGCAGUCCCAAGGUGUUCUAAAGCACUGCAUCAAUACACCACAUCAAACACCCUGACCGCUUCGAGUAUACGACUUAGACCGCGGCUUGACUCGUUGAAUUCGAGGUCCAAGUUCCAACCACAUGCCCUCGCUGGCACAAUUCGAACGAUAUUCAUCCAAACAGAGAAUACGCCAAACGCUGAUGCACUCAAAUUCCUUCCCAACCACACUAUUUUACCUGAGGGUUUAGCAUCGCCGUUUCUCGAGUAUUUGUCGCCCAGAUCUACAUUGGCGCCUCCACACCCUUCGCCUUUGGCAGCGCGAUUGCUGAACGUCGAUGGAAUUACUUCAAUAUUCUAUGGUCCAGAUUUCAUUACUGUCACGAAGGCCUCUGAUGCUAUCUGGGCGCACGUCAAACCAGAGGUUUUCAGUUUGAUCACGGAAGCAGUCACUUCUGGCGAGCAGAUUGUCAAUACGAUCGAGAACAAGUCCGCUGAAGCGGGGCAAGAAGGAGGGGAACAAGAUACGCUUGGAUACGACGAGAACGAUAGCGAAGUGGUAGGCAUGAUCAAGGAACUUCUCGAGACCCGGAUUCGACCAGCGAUCCAAGAAGACGGGGGGGGAUAUUGA